CAUAAAACACUAACAUACAUGAUCAGGUCGUAAACGUUCAUCUCUGACACACCUGCAUAGUGUAAUUUCCUAUCAGAGUAAUCUACUGCAAAAAAUACUUUCUCUCAAUACAGAACCCUCCACAUCCAAUUCCUGCACACACUUCACUAGAGUUUAAAAUAAGUAUAAAUAGGGAGCUCGCGCGCUCCCUCCAGUAGUACUGUACGUGAGCCUCCACUUUGAGUCGGGACAUGUUUGUUUGCUAAUUAAUUUAAAUAAAAUAAAAGUAGUAUAAAAUGAGAGAGGGAGUCUUGUCUCUACUGGCGCUGCUGGCUCUCUGCUCGAGGGCGGGCGGGACCGACCUAAAGGACGGGUUCAACUAUUACAAAGAUUACCUGCGAGGCAGAUCCGAUGAGGUCCUCCCGCCUGCUGAAGCUGACAGGAUGCUAUAUUUCUACAGAACACCGCUACAGCUGUAUCCCGGUAUACUGCCAGCUGUGCUUGAGCAGGAAUACAGGAAGAGGACCGGAAACGCCUUCAAAAACCACAUGCUGAGCAAGGACCUGGCGGAGGACGAGGCGGGCCCGGGCGCUGCGCAGGCGCGGGCCAGGAAACGCAGCUCCAAGACCGCCCUGUCUCUGAUGAUAGGGCAGGGCCGCCACGACAACUAUCAGAAGGUCGCGAAUCUGCCUGGUGGUGGGAUGAUUGAAAUACCCAUGGAAUAAAAUAAAUGUCUAUAAUAUUCACAACACGUCAUUGUUACAUAGUUUAAUAUUAUGCUGCAUAAAGUCUAGUUUAGUAUCAAUAUGUGGCGCAUAUAUUAGAUAAACCUAGGUACCUUAAAAUGUACGUAAUCUUAAAUUACAUAUUUAGUACACGCUUGUUACCCUGUAAUAUUAUUAACUAUUGUUGUUAAUUUAAUAUCUUAAGUAGAUUUUAUCAUAAUAAAAGUGAGUUUUUAAAAUUA